AUGUUCUUCGACGAAGACAAACCAUCGACCCAUCAGCUACCCCUUACCACGCUUCGUGAAUUCACAAUGUUGCACAUCAUGAACGCCAUUACCGAUAAAACGGAUUGGAAUGUCAAAAUCUUCGAUGAUGAGAUUCGAGCGAGAUGGAAGGCUGAGGCACUAGCUGCGCCAGGGAAGGAUGUUACUGAGCCUAUGGCGGAGUGGUGCAUGGAGGAGCUGAAGUAUAAAGCGGCGCGCUUUAGCGAGAUUCCAGGUGGCGCGAUCAAGGUCUAUAAUGGCGACGUGGUCAAGUCGGAUACCGCCGUUCCGAAUUCUCUCAAGGCCCAAUUACAAGCUGCCGUGCGGCCUCUUGAAGAAAUUCCUGCAUGGAAGAAAGACUGACAUUCGGGAUCCGAUGAAAAAGUUCUGGAUUUGGUUCAUCCAAGCUUGUUUCCCGUUGUUUAUGGGCGGACGAGGGCUCUUAGGAAAGGACAAGGGUUCGUGACGUCAAAAAAUUGUGUCGCGAGGUGUGGCGAGGGCGACGUGUUGAAGAAGCAGAAGGCUGUGGACGGGUACAGCGCCGAUUUCCAAUGGUUACCUUGCGAAGUGGACAUAUCGGGAGAAGAUGGGCAAGCCAGAAUCACGAGCUACAUCAAUAAUCUACACCCUCAAACACACAAGAACCUCUAUGGCAUCAUCGAAAACAUCAUCACUGCCUCGAUCCCCCUGUGGAACAGCACGCUCGCACCUUUGGUUGACCUCUGGUACCAUAAGCAUCAACCCAAAUCAAUUACGCCUGAUAAACGAGAAGUGAUCUUCCGUAUUCCCUACUACGAUGUGGAUUACGAUCCAGAUCCGGAAUAUGGCCCCAAAACAGAGGGCCCCCAGCGACUCGAAGGCGAAGAUGACGGGUGGUCAGAGUCGUAUUGGAAUCGGCGGAAUCAAUGGAUCGAAGAUACGAGGAAAGUCGUGUUGCCCGAGCCGGGGGUGUUUCGGCCGCUUGAGGAGCCUCCGCUCUUUGAUUUGAGAAAGGAGUUUGCAGCGACUGGGUUGCAGAUUAUUGUCAAACUGGCGAAUAUCGAACUCACGCCAGAAAAGCCUGAGUAUCAGGGAGGGAGUUGGCAUGUUGAAGGUCAACUUAACGAACACAUUUGCGCAACUGCUCUUUACUAUUACUCCUCCUCCAAUAUCACCCCCUCAUCCCUUGCAUUCCGACAACAGACAGGCGACUUUACGCGCGGCACCAUUCAGUAUAGGCAGUGGCACUAUGACUGGCUUCCUGCUAUAUUCGGGUGCACACAAGGUGGACCAACUGUUCAAUACGUCGGGGGCGUCGACACGCGUGAGGGUCGACUGUUGACGUUUCCCAAUAUUUUACAACAUCAGGUACAGCCGUUCAAGCUCGUGGAUCGGACAAAACCAGGCCAUAGAAAAAUUCUGGCAUUGUUUUUGGUCGACCCGAACAUCAAGAUUGUCAGUUCUGCCAAUGUUCCGUGUCAAAGAAAGGACUGGUGGGUGGAGGAAAUUGGGGGUGGGUUUGAUACGGUGCUACCGAGGGAACUGGGAGAUUUGGUGUUUGGGGCGGUGGAGGACUUUCCGAUGGGGAUGGAGGAGGCAAAAGAAAUUCGGCUCAAGCUUAUGGAGGAGAGGAAGGCCUCUGUUUCGAUUCAGGAUCAGCAGUUUGAGGAGGAGAUUUUCUCGCUUUGUGAACAUUGA